GCUCCUUGUUAUCACAAUCCAUGCAAGAACGGGGGAAAAUGUCGCCCAGUAAUCGAAAAGUACGACUUCAAUUGUCAGUGUACGGAACAUUUUGGAGGAAAAAAAUGCGAUCUUCCGAGAAUUUCCCAAGGAAGCAAUGUUUGCACAUGGUUUUUGGAAAACGGAUCGAACAAAAGUGGCAUUUAUCAAGUUGCAGCAGAUGGGACUGACAUCAUCAGCAUCUUUUGUGAUCAAACCAAUCAAGGAGGAGGUUGGACUAUGGUAUUCAAGUUAGUGGCCGGUGUUUCAGCUGAUAUCUCUCGUCUGUAGUCCUCAGAUGACCCUUUAAACGAAAACAACGCAGAGGUAUUGAAUACCACUUCAACGCCCAAAGAACAUUACAAGAACCGCAUGAUAAGGAACUGGAAUACCUUAGGACUAAAGGAGGUGAGAAAAUUCCUGAAAAUUUUCCGCGGUCAUUAUGAUAUGUGAUACUGAGUAUGAUGAUAUAUAUGUAUUUUUUUCUUUAUGAUCGCCAUCUUUGGUAUCACUAUCGACCUUAUAACCCUCGUUAUCACCGCAUUCACCGUCCACGUCAUUUCUACGGUCAUUGUCGUGGUUAUCAUUAUCGCCGUCGUCAUCGUUAUUGUCAUGUUCAUCGUCAACGUCAUUAUCGUAAUUAUCGUCACCGCUAUCGUCAUUCUCAUCCUCAAAGUUAUCGUCGUUU